AUGGCGUCUAUCUUCACCUUCGAUCCCGAUCCUCCGCGGGUCUCUUCGCCGUGGUCGACAUCGGAGGCCUCUACGCCUCAGCCUACUCCUGCCGGUAAUCGACUGGCUAUUAGAACACGUUCCAGCGCGACGCUGCGCAGUGCAGACCAUGACUCUUUGUCCGACUACGGGAUCUCGAAGUUGGAUCCGGAGCCACAGGAGGGUCCGACCGAAUACAAGCUCCAUCUUCUUCUGCGGCCUCGCCGAUCAUACACGACCAUGUCUACGGGACAUGUCGUGGCGGGAUCGUACCAUUCCCGAGCGAGCUUGUCAACUUCGUUCCCUACCACACCGUCUAGCUACGAGACCGCCAUGAAACCACAGCAAACCCGCUCUACGCACAGCCGGCAGGAGCGUCUCCAGCAUCUAACGACGCAGCUGCUGUGGCGGUUGCAGCAGUCCUCGCCGUUUCACUCGUCUACCGCCACUAAUAAUCUCGUCCUGCCUGUUCUGCCUGACAUGGCAACGCAGUCGGAUGCUCCCCAGAGGCCGGCAAGAUUGCUCCCUGGGCUUGAGGAGAGUCAGGGUGCAUUGUAUGAGAUUGGGGUUGCGGAUGACGGGACUUUUGUCGGACUUACCCAGGAUGAGCUGGAGGAGAGUCUGAGCAACUUGCAAAUUAUGGCGGAUAGCCUGGGCUGUAAGGUGGAUGUUCUGCGAAGGGUCGUUGUUGGUGAAUGUGAGUGGGAGGACGACUCUGUUGAAUCUCACGUAGAAGGUCUUUGGGUUGCAGAGGCACUCGUUAGUCCGGACUUAGAUUACUAUCGGGCGGCGCCGUCGGAAGGUGAUGCGUCUGGGGCGACUGAGAAAAAAUCUGUCUCGGAGGACAAUCAUUCCAGCACCGAACAGAUUCGCGUAUCCAUCACUGGUCCCAGCACCGCUGGCAAAUCAUCCCUGCUGGGUACGCUGACGUCUUCCUUGCUGGACAACGGAAGAGGAAAAAGCAGGCUGAGCCUCCUCAAGCAUCGACACGAGAUUUCUUCUGGAGUUACCAGUUCCGUUGCGCAAGAAUUGAUCGGAUACACGGCUGGCGAUUCUUCAGGACCUGUCGAUGUGAUCAACUAUGCGUCUGGUAACGUUGCUGCGUGGGAUGACAUCCAUGCUGUGUCCACUGGCGGUCGUCUAGCCUUUGUUUCUGAUCUUCCCGGUUCGGUGCGCUUUUCGAAAUCUAUGCUCAGAGGACUGAUCAGUUGGGCGCCGCACUACGUGAUACUCUGCAUUCCCGCCAAUUGCGAUGAUGGAACUACACCGGGUAGUGACGGCAAAUCGGCAGAGCAAACUACGGAAAUCGACCUGGCUCUGUCGUACCUGGAGCUCUGCAUCAAGCUUGAAGUGCCUAUUUUGAUUACUAUAACUAAGAUGGACCUCGCCUCUCGUGUGGGACUGAGGAAUACACUCGCAAAGGUUCUGUCGGUACUGAAACUUAGCGGCAAGAAACCGGCCAUGUUACCUGUGUCAGGCUCAACCGAUAAGAUAGCAGGCCUGCAACGAGUUGGAACAGCGGAAGGCGGGGAAGUGAGGAAAGCCAUCGACGCUAUGGCUGGUGAUAUACUAUUAACAGUGCCCAUCGUACUCACAAGUGCUGUGAACGGGUCCGGAAUAGAGAAGUUACAUGCUUUUCUACGAUAUCUUCCAGUCCCAGCGAAGCCUUCCCUGCGGACUGUCGAUUUGCCUAAGGCGCAUUUGCAAUUGUCAGCUGGCAUCGUAUUCGAUAUCGACGAAGUGUUUGCUAUUCCGCCGUCGAAAGUGUACUCAAUAUCAUCUGACCAGACGCCAAAGGAGAACCAGGGCGUUGUUCUAUGCGGUUUAGUCCGUUACGGUGCUAUUUCGAUAGGUGAUGAGAUCGUCGUUGGACCCUUAUUGGCGAAUCCACACUGGCAGCAAGUCCGUGUCGUCAGUGUCAGAAACCUCAGGCUGCCUGUUCGCAAACUCACAGAAGACCAAGUCGGGACCGUCGGUAUCGAACCUAUAUCAAAGCCAGACGAGCCAUCACCGCACCUCGGCAGGAUUCGGAAAGGAACAAUUUUGACCAGUCUACCGCACCCCGUGCCGCUUCAUACUGGCUUCGUCGCUACGUUCUCAUCCAGCGAAUUCGCAUCAGCAGACUCCCCGCCUUUGCUUCUGGGCGGAAACGCCAUCGUCUACAUCGCCAACAUCCGCACGGCAGUGAAAGUAACCUGUGUGGAACUGGCCGAGAACGAAGUAAUCUCGACCCCGCCUUCCCCAGCAGAACCUGGGUUCUUCAAUUUCGACGCCGACCUUGACCGUGGGCAAACUACCGGCGAUACUGAACGCCGCAAUGCAGAUAUACAGAAGGUUAUCGAUUCCACGGACACCGUUGAGCAGGAGGACGUCCAUAUCACGUUCUCAUUUGUGACAUCGUUGGAGUGGGUGGAAGCUGGAUCGAGAGUGCUUGUCAUGCCUGGUGUUUCCAUGUCGGCAUCGUCUACGCCUGCGUUGGGGUCGGGGUCUGGCGGGCUUUCGGGGUUGGAGGGAUUUGUGGGGAGGGUUCGGGAGGUUUUAUGA